UUGUACAAAUAGCCUCUCAAUUACUACAAUAUCUACAACCAACAACAACAAGGUGUAAAACAAAAAAAAAAAACAAAACAAAAAAGAAAGAAACACCAAGUCUAAAGAUCAUAGAAAAGAUGAUUAGAAGAGAAGGGAAAGGGCCUCCAUCAACAAGUGAUCUUCUGGUAUGUUUUCCAAGAAGAGCACAUCUUACAUUGAUGCCAAAGCCGGCUUGUAGCCCACGUCAAAAUCUUCAACGCCACUACCAAAACCACCUUAAGAAGUCUAUGAGAAGUGGUAGAAAUCUCAGUAUAGGUGGUGGCCAUGCAAGUCCAUAUACAUUGUCGGGGACAAAGCAGAUGGGCUCAGACAACUUGUCUGAGCCCACGUCUCCAAAAGUAACUUGUGCUGGCCAAAUCAAGGUUAGGCCUAGCACAAAAUCAUGCAAGAAUUGGCAAAGUGUCAUGGAAGAGAUUGAAAGGCUUCAUAUUAAUAAUAAUAAAAAGAAAUCUACUUGGGUAGAAACAUUAGGGUUCAAGAAAGAAGUCAUGCAUUUCUUGAGUUGCUUAAGGAAACUUAAGUUUGAUUUUCAUUGUGUGGGAGCUUUUUCCCAUGUAGAUAUAAGUUCAGAUGAUGAAGAAGAUGGUGAUACCAAUGAUAUAGAAAUCAAUCAAGAUCAAGAUCAAGUUAAUAAUCAUCAUGUAGAUGAUCAUGAUAACCACGACGAAGAAGAAGUUUCAUCACGAACCGUGUUUUCAAAAUGGCUUGUGGUAUUGCAAGAGAAUGAAGAAUGUGACGUGCAUGAAAAAGAUCAAGAGAAAAGUUUGAAAUCAUCAAAAGAAGCUGAAGAACUUCCAUCAUGUCCACCUCCAAAUGCACUUUUGCUUAUGCGAUGUCGCUCUGCUCCUGCGAAAAGUUGGAUGGAGGAGAAAGCUGAAGAAGAUGAAAAAUUAGAAAAGGAUCAUGAUCAUGAUCAUGAUCAUGAACAUGAUAAAGAAAAAGAACAAGAAGAAGAACUUACAAAUAAAGAAAUUGAUCAAUUGGAAAAGAAAGAAAGCAAAAGGAAAAGUUUAAUGGAAUUGAUGCAAAUUGAAAGUGGCGACUUCUACAAGUUAUCAUGUGAUAUUGCAAAGGAAACUUGGGUCAUUGGUGGAAUUCACAAAGAUCCAUUCUCAAGAAGUAGAAGUUGGAAAAGAUGAUGAUCCAUUUUCCAUAUAUCGUCAACCUUGUUAAUUUCUUUUACUUUUUUACUAAGAGUUUUGUAAGUAUUAAUUGUGUAUAUAUAUAUAUGUCGAAAAAAGUUUGUGGUAACAUUUUUAGCAGUGUUGUAAUUAAAGGUUUUAAAGGCUGUUAUGAUGUCAUUAUAAUAUUUAAAAGUGGUCAGUUGUUACA